AGUGCAGUUCAGUGGGAGUCGGCCGGUAAAUACAGCUGACUAAUCUGAAGAAAAUGUGAGUGACUAGGAACGACGCUAGCGUGUACACUUCGCCCGCUUCACCAACAACACACUUCGAUAGCUGUAGCGUAGCGUCAUAGCUGUAAACAAUACAAUAGUGGAUUCGGAUACACUCAUUCCUAUUCUUUACAUUGAAUCAUCUCGCCCGUAUCUACAGUCAUCACUUCACGGUAGAUACUUCAAGCGUUCAUCUGCUGUUUAACUUACAACGAAAAGACACCAAAUAAUCAGCAAUCAUGGCUAAAAUGGCAUUUCAACACCAGGCCGGCACGGCGAUGGAGUGUUUAAGCAUUCCAAUCACAUUGCACAAGGAAAUCGAAGGGGAUAAUCAUAGAUGUGGGUUUAAAAUUGGUGGAGGCAUUGAUCAAGAUUAUCAUAAAAGUCCCCAAGGAUAUACAGACAAUGGUAUUUAUGUGACUGAAGUUCAUGAGUCAAGUCCAGCAUCAAGAAGUGGUCUGCGAGUGCAUGAUAAAAUCCUACAGUGCAAUGGCUAUGAUUUCACAAUGGUAACUCAUAAAAAGGCUGUUAGUUAUAUAAAGAAACAUCCUGUACUAAAUCUGCUUGUUGCUCGCAAAGGAGUCACAUCAACAUAAUUGAAACUCAUCAGAUUUGUGUACUAUUCAUUCCCAAUUACAGUAUUAUCAGCAAGUUACCAUAUAUUGAUAUGUCCACUUUACAAAAUUCGUAGCUCAAUGUUAUAGGUUUCAAAUUGAGGAUUUAUCGUGGAAAAUUGUGUGAAGCAAAUUGUUUGACGGUGUAACUUACGUUUUUUAGAUAUAUAGAUGAUAUCACUGAUGUGAUUGCAUUUUUUUGCAUAUAUUGUUUAUUUUUUCAUAAGUUUAAUAUAUUGUUCCAUUGUAAAUGUGCUUAUAAUAAAUAUAAUUACAUCAA